GGGUAUUUCCAAUUAAUGGCGUAAGACAACUGAAACUGGUAACUGUAUUUGUCUAAAACAACCCCAAAAAUUGACCACAAAAACAUCGACUAGGUACAGAGAAUGGAUAAAGAAGAUAAAAGCAGAUACUUUAUUGUUGGAUCUGUCUACCUGGAGGUUGUUACUCCGUUGUUUCAACAAAAGUUAAAAGAAAACUAUAGAAGUCUCAACUUUGGAUGUCUAAAGGAUUUUCUGGAUAAUACAGCAGUCUUACACACCUUAUUUCAUCUACGCCACAGAAAUGCAUGGUGUUGUACAGAUAAGGCAAACUGCAGAAGCCAUGGAGCCCUACCUCUAAAUCAUCACCAAUGGAAACAACUAUAUGCUGAAAAUCCAGGGCCUGGUAUACACAACUGCUUUUGUAAGUACACAGCCAAGUCAGUCGAGCCCGAAGAUCUUGAUGUUAGUUUGUGUGGCCUUAUAUUGUUUAACUGCUGUAAUUUGGGACCACUGGACCAAGAAGCAGUCUUUAUUUUACGACGGAAUAAAAAUGACUACCUGAGUCAUAACACAACAUGCGGUAUUACCAAGGAUGAGUAUGGUCCAUUGAUGGAUGAGCUAAAGACCAAUAUCCUUCAACUUGACCAGACUAAAGAAGAUGAAUUGAUAAGGAUACAGAGAAGACCACUGGAUGAUGCACUGUGUAACAAAUACAUGAUAACACUUUUGAAUAUUCAUGAAAUAUUGGAAAAGAUAGAUACAAAUACGAAAGAAACACUGCGUUAUGUACAGCAAAUAUGGCAACAUUUAACAACACAGAGUUUGACCAAUCAGACUUCAGAUGAGAAAACUGACAAACAAGGAAAUCACAAACAUCCAAUAAAACCCUACAAACUAGGACAGUCUAUCUUCAUUGAACAUCAUCAGACAGACCUGUCAUCAAUACUUGGUGGUGACUGGAAUAGUACAGUAAAAGAUAUAGUGAUGAUGGAUGAUGGUAGACUGGUGAUGUGUAUACCUUUACUGAGUAGACUACUGAUCUGUAAUACAGAUGGAUCACAGGCAGACAGUAUACCUGUACAGAGAAGACUACUGAUCUGUAAUACAGAUGGAUCACAGGCAGACAGUUUUCAUGUACAGGGUAGGCCAUGGCGUGUUACAGCAGUCAACAACUCUACAGUAGCUGUUACACUGUUUGGUAGUAUGUGUAUAGAGACAUAUGACAUAAACAAUAAACUCAAACUUAAAUCAAUAUCACUACCUGGAAUGAGGUCUUCAGGUGGCAUAACAACUAUAAACAACAAGUUAGUUGUAGGUGGUGACAACAGCCUACUGAUCAUAGAUCAUCAGAUAGGAGAGAUGGUACAGACAAUACAGAUUGACUGUGAUCCUGUCAGGUUACAUGGUUCUGGUGAAAGAAUAUUCUACAGCGAUUACAUCUACUACAACAACAACAACAACAACUUGUACUGGUACAGUUUUACUGAUGACAGACAUCACACCCUAACAUUACCAUCACCACCCAUUAGGAUGACUACACUACAAGAUGGCAGUCUUUAUGUGAGGUGUGAUGAUGGAUCAGUACAGCAUGUGUCAUCUGAUGGUAAACAAAUGGACAAGGAAGAUAAAAGAAGAUACUUUAUUAUUGGAUCUGUCUACUUAGAGGUUGUUACUCCAUUAUUUCAACAAAAGUUAGAACAAAAAUAUCAGGGCCUCAACUUCAGAUGUUUAAAAGAUUUUCUUGAUGAUAAGGCAGUACUACACACCUUAUUUCACUUACGCCACAGAUAUGCAAGAUGUUGUUCAGAUAAGAAAAACUGCAGAAACCCGGGAGCUCUACCUCUAAACCAUCACCAAUGGAACAAACUGUAUGCAGAAAAUCCAGGGCCUGGUAUACACAACUGUUUUUGUAAGUACACAGCUAAGUCAUUAAAGCCAGCGGAUCUUGAUGUGAGUUUGUGUGGUCUUUUAUUGUAUAACUGCUGCAGCUUGGGAUGCCUUGAUGAAGAAGCAGUCAAUAUUCUUCGACGGAAUAAAAAUGACUAUUUGAGUCAUAACACAACAUGUGGUAUAAUCAAUGAUGAGUAUGGCCCAUUAAUGGAUGAGCUUAAGACCAAUAUCCUCCAACUUGACCAGACCAAAGAAGAUGAACUGAUAAGGAUACAGAAAAGACCACUGGAUGAUGCACUGUGUAACAAAUACAUGACAACACUUUUGAAUAUUCAUGAGGUAUUGGAAAAGAUAGAUACAAAUACAACACAAAUACUGAGUAUUGUACACACCAAUAAUAUUAAACUACAGGAAUUUUUUCAACAUUUAGCAACACAGAGUUUCAAGGAUAAAACUGUAAAACUGGGAAAUAAUUACCAUCAUCCAAUAAAACCAUAUAUACUAGGACAGUCUAUCUUCACAUUAAACCAGCAGACCGACCUGAAAUCAGUACUUGUUGGUGGAGACUGGAGAGGGGGUAUCGCAGGUAUAGUGAUGAUGGAUGAUGGUAGACUGGUAAUGGGUUUACCUUACCAAAACAGGCUACUCAUCUGCAAAACAGAUGAAUCACAGGUAGAUAUCAUAUAUGUACUCGGUAGCCCAUGGUGUGUUACAGCAGUUAGCAACUCUACCGUAGCUAUUACAUUGUGGAAAAGGGACUGUAUAGAGAUGUUUGACAUAAAUAAUAAACUCAAAGUUAAUUCGAUAUCAGUACCUGGAAUGCGGUGUUUUGGGAUUACAUCUAUAAACAACUUGUUAGUUGUAGGAGGUGAGUGCAGAAUAUUGAUCAUAGAUCAUCAGACAGGAGAGGUGGUACAGACAAUACAGACUAACUUUAGUCCUAACAGGUUGCAUGGUUCUGGUGACAGAAUAUACUACUGUGAUAUCGACUCAUAUAACAACAACAACCUGUACUGGUACAGCUAUACGGAUGGCGCACAUCACAUAAUAUCAUUACCAUCAACACCCAGGAGGAUGACUACACUACAAGAUGGCAGUCUGUAUUUAUUAUGUAGGGAUGGAUCUAUACAACAUAUGUCAUCUGAUGGUAAACAGUAUAAACAAGUAAAUACAAUAUCAAUAUCUCCGUCAGAUGUUAAUAUACAUUAUAAUCUCACACAAAGAAAACUAGUGAUCAGACAAACUGCUGGGCUUGUUAAAGUUUUCAACGAGAUUUUUAGUUGAUAUGCUGAUUACCUCAUUUCAUAUGCUUUAUACCUUCCGUCAAAAUUUCAAUCAGUCUGUUGAUUAUACCCAUGCUCAUAUUGUCAACAAAAUAGCUCUUUUAACAAAUAUUAAUAUUUUGUUCAACUCCGCAUCUAACAAUCCUCCAUUUAUUGAAAAAUUUAAAACACACUGAUAAAAUGAAACGAAUCAAAACAGAUAAAUUCACUAUGUAAAAUUAAUAAAUGUUAGGGACAAAAAACUUAAACUACAGUCUUUAUGUAACGUUGUAAACCUGCUGGUUUUUUUUUUCAUUCGUUUAGCUACAGUAUUUGUAUGAUUUGCCUUGUAUGUGCGUGCUCUUAAUUUCACAUAUGUAUACUGUCUUUUUUCAAACUUCAGAGAAAUAGAAUAAUAUCUUAGAGACAAAGUUCUGUUUAUAUUUUGAAAUCAAAAUAGUUAUUAUUACUAAUAGUGUGAUUAUUUUGUUACCACUUGUUAAAUUUUCAAUUGUAAAAGUAACAGACUUUUGAGAGUGACAUAAUAAAACGAUGACACAUGUGAAAUAGUUGGGAAUAUAUAAGAAUUGAUCAUAUGCAUUUGUUCAUUUACACAAAUUUGCAUUUUUUACUGAUUGGUAAAUGUUGUAAUACCAAUGUUAGAAGACGUGAGUGUACUAUUGUAUAUAUGUUUUAUUGCUCUUAUGUAUUGUCCUUGAUAAUUUUUCUUUAUAUUUUUCUCUUAUAGUAUUGAUGUGUUUUUGGUUUUGGUCAAAUUUUGUUGUUGAAGAUGAAAUAGAGGCCGUACGGUGACCUAUAGUUGUUAAUGUUUGUGUCAUUUUGGUCUUUUGUGGAUAGUUGUCUCAUUUGCAACCAUACCACAUCUUCUUUUUUAUAUAGAGGGUCGGCGUUUGAUAUUUUCAAUGAAUAGUGUGCAUGGUCAAACUUUUUUUGUUGUUGUCAUACAUUUUUUAGUGUUUAAUUUCAUGAUUUAGGAUGGCUGAUUUUUAUUUUGUUAAGAAAUUUAUAACCUUAAAAAACUUUUUGAAAUAAAACAGUAUUAUCUUGUUGACGAAACACACCAUUUAUUUGACAUGCCAUUUACUCCACUUUCUGACCUCUAAUAUAACAAUGACCAUUGCUAUGAACCUAUAACUCCAUUUCCUCACUUCCAAUCAGACAAUGAACAUUGAACCUCAGCCUGAUACACCGUUUCCUGACCUACAAUCUAACAUUCAAAACCAAUCUGUAUGUUUAUUUAAAGUGUUGUCUUUGUUCUCAUCACCUUUGAAUUAGUCAAAUAAACACGCAUCAUUGUUGAUGAAAUAAUCAUUUUUAUUCCAAUGUGUAUGCUGUACAACACUUAUAUUUACGCAUCUGAAAUAUAUGUUGGUACCAUUUAUAUCCAGAAAUACGCAUUGAAAACUAAUUUACACGAAAAAUUGAAAAAAAAAACCCUAAAUGUUGAUUGGGAAAAAUGUUAUCAAUGAUAUAUUAGUUCAUUGUCCUAAGAAACAUUGUGAAACAUUUAUGUUUUGAUAUCUGCUUAGUAUUAGUCAUUCUAGUGCAUCAAUAUUGUGCUUAUUUGUAAACCUAAGUAUUUGACAUAUAUUUUCAUAUAUGGACAUUAUGUUGUUUUUUCAUUUAUAUUUGUUUUGAUUUAUUUUAUCAUAUCUCUCCAUUUAAGCAUGUUGUAAAUAUGUCUUUAAAUGUGGAAAUUGUUUCUUGUUUUUUUUUAAUUUUUAAGUUUAAUCAUGAAAUCUUGUGUGCAAUGAUCAUGCGUUUUACAUUAGUAUUUUUAUUCAUGUAUGGUAUUUCAUAAGCAGAUUUUUUUUAAUAUUUAGUUAUACUAAG